UUUUUUUUUUUUUUUUUUUCACCCCUGGAGGAACAUUCCCAUAGCUACAAGCAUGCGCCGCUCCAAUCACCUAUUGCACGGAGAAGGAACUGCAUGAGUUUCAAAUCCCGGAUGCGUCGACAGGUACGUUGCCCCUUUCUACAGACAUCCGUGCGCCAGUCACCGGCAGUGAGCAGGUGUCUGUCAGGACCGCGAGAAGCAGAAUGUCAGCCUAGAUUAUGCUUCGCAUGGAGCUACUUGUUAACCCUUAGUUGCCCACAUGACAACCUGUUUGUCCGCAUAAAUGGAGGCAUGGGUUCCAGGAGGCGAAGCGGUGUGUCUUGAACACGAGAAACCUUCUCUCUCUGCCUUUGCGACCCAUGCUAACCACUUGAAUGAAAC